UGUGGUAUGCUUAUAGAAUAAAUCGGUAAACAAUUAACGCAUUUUGAGUGAUAGAAAUAUUUGUAGCGAAUGUCUUUAAGAAACGUAAGACAGCGUCAUACGAGGUAAAUGACGUCAUAUCCCCGUGUGUUGAACAUAACGGCGUUAAACGUGAAGUGUUUGACCUUUUGUGGGAGACUGAAGAUGAAGUUUACUUUAGCAUCAAUCCUAUUUGUUGCUUUCUUGACUGCCAUCAAGCCUGCUAUGGGUAAAGGUGAAGCUACAACAUCCAUUGAAUGCCUGGGGCCCGGGAUGAAGGGGAAGAAGACGGAAUUGAAGUGUAAAAUAAGUGGAACUAUAAAGACAGGAAUAUGGUGGAUUCGACCAGACACUGUCGUAGUAUCCGAGUGCGAACGGUUGUAUAGGAGCUGUAAGUCGUAUGACCACUACCAGAGUGUCGUGCAUACGUCAUCAGACAACACUUUGAUAAUAUGGAAAUUUGACCCAGAGUCGGACGUGGGUCAAUGGACGUGCAAAGAUGGAGAGUAUGGCAAACCAGCACCCCCGUGCCAGAAGACCUCUACAAAUAAAUUCAGGUUUCGAAUUUCACCAAUGCACACUUACCCUAGACUCCGAAUUUACUGCUCCGAACAAAUAAGGUGUGUAGUAACUGGACGUUUAGAUAGAGGAAUAUGGAUUAUUCGACCAGAUGGUACAGUAGUAGUCAAGUGUAAGCCUUUCACUGCUUGGUAUCCUUCGUGUCAGGCGAUUGGCAAAUAUGACGGUUGGCUCAGUAAUCAUCAUCUCACGAAGGCAGUCAUUGUUAGAAUAAAUUCCUUCGAUCCACAAGUCGACAUUGGCCAGUGGACAUGCAGAGAUGGACCAUAUCGCAUCUCAGCUUCUACGUGCAUGCAGACCGCUGCAACUGCGUAUGCAGGAAAGAGUGGUGCCUGUGCUAUUGGAGCAUCAACGUCUAUGAUUAUCUUCUGGACCGUUACCAUACUGGCCGCGGAACUACACACAAGUACGUUCAUGUCCUUCAACUAGUUCAGCUUUGAAGACAGUGUUCACUUGGCCAUAUUACAACAACUGGUCAAAGCAUGUUUAUACUGCAAACGUUACACUUUGUAUAGCCUGACAAUACAGUAUUUUAUGAGUUCAUGUAUGCGUGUGUGUGUGUCUGAGUGUGAUGUGUGUGUGUGUGUGUGUGUGUGUGUGUGUGUGUGUGAUGUGUGUGUGUGUGUGUGUUUGUGUAUGUGCGAUUGUGUGUUUGUGUGUGUGUGUGUGUGUGUGUGUGUGGUGUGAUUGUGUAUGUGUCUGUGAAUGUGUAUGUAUAUAUCAUAGAAAUUCACAUGUUAAAACCAUCAACAUUUGGAGGUAAUUUGUCCAAGUGAGAUGCAUCUACGAUCAUCUACUACUAACUCGUCAAUCUGUUAUAUAUGUUAACUUCA